GGUUGGGCACGACGCACGUGCCUCCGCAUUUCCUAUCCAGUCUCGCGCACUCUCGCCAGGCGGCCCCUUCCCAUUCAUUCGAGAACCGCGCGAAGUUGUGCGCCGCACUUGGCCGUGCAUAGAACGCUUCCGCCGCACGCCAAUAUUGAGAUCGUCUUAUAGCGUCGAAACGCUAUAUAGAGCAGCAGCGCCAGCUGCGUGAUUUCGCACUUUAUUCUUCUCGUUUCUUUCGCGCCGCCUGUGCGAAAGAAAGAAAGGACACACAAGUCAGCCUUCUGGCUUUUAUUUUUGUUCCUCGUGCGAGGUAGAACAGGGAGAGAGAGUAACAUAGCGCCACGUAAGAGGAGUACAGUCCUCACGUCCGGACGCGUAUGUGUCGCGUGCUCUAGCAAGGAGAGAGCAACUGCAACUCGUGAUCCUCGAUAAGUGUUGAUCAUUUGCCCCCCUUUCUGGUCCCUCCCCAUCUCUCCCGCCAUCUCGAGAAGACCAAAGACAACGGGAUUGCUUGCAUCACCUGGUGAAUAUCCUGCUCGUGAGACAAUCAGCAACCCCCGAUCUGUGAUACGCCGAGGGGAGCCUCCAGUGCCUCCGCCUUAGACUUUCUCUUCUCAGCAUCCGUUGCGCAGAGCCGUUUUCGCUCCGACCUCGAGCCACGGACUCCAGACCAAAGGAGCGGCAUCUUCACCACCUCGGAGAGCCAUGGCCUACUCCCCCGUCAAAGUGAUGCGAUAUAAGCAAGCCAACGGAAACCACCACCACCACACCGUGGCGCUGCCGCCACCCCCGCCGGACAUCCCCGAGGUGAUCAUCACCACCACGCGCGAUGUGGACGAGAACAAGGAGCGCGGCAACUGGUCCUCGGGCGUCGAGUUCUUGCUCUCGUGCCUCAGUUACGCCGUCGGUCUCGGAAACAUAUGGCGGUUUCCGUACCUCUGCUACCGCAACGGAGGAGGUGCCUUUCUGAUCCCGUACAGCGUCAUGCUGUUGUUCGUGGGGCUGCCUCUCUUCCUUAUGGAGCUGUCGUUCGGCCAGUAUGCCAGUGAAGGACCGAUUACUAUAUGGAAGAUAUCACCGUUAUUUCAAGGAAUUGGAUACGCUAUGUUCCUCAUGACUGGCUUGGUAGGAGUGUAUUACAACAUGAUUCUGGCCUGGUCAUUAUUCUACUUGGGUUCAUCUUUAACCACGACACUGCCGUGGAGCUCCUGCAGCAACUGGUGGAACACAGAUGCCUGCCGAAGGUUCGAUACGAAGAACUGCACGGCCCAGGGAGGGGUUCACCUGUCCAACGGUUCCUGCAUCAUCCAGAGUGAAGUGGACCCGGCUGUCUGGGAUGCGGUGAAGAACUCCACGGACAACACGAAGAUGGCCAGCGACGAAUUCUUCCACAACUAUGUGCUGGACCUGACUGAAGGACUACAUGACCUCGGUGGAGUGCGGUGGCAGCUGGCCCUGUGCCUCUUCAUCUGCUGGGUCAUCGUGUUCUUCUGCUUGUACAGGGGCGUCAAGACAAUGGGAAAAGUUGUCUACUUCACAGCCUUGUUUCCAUACGUUGUGUUGGUCAUUCUGCUCGUCCGAAGCUGCACUCUCGAAGGCGCUUACGACGGCAUUAUGUUUUAUCUCACUCCUCAGUGGGAACGACUCAUGGAAGCUAGGGUCUGGGGUGACGCUGCAAUGCAGAUCUUCUUUUCCUUGUCUCCGUGCUGGGGAGGCCUUAUUACUUUAGCCAGCUACAACCGUUUCCAUAACAACUGCUACAGGGACACCCUCUUCAUCUGCUUCGGCAACUGCGGCACCAGCUUCUUCGCCGGAUUUGUCAUAUUUAGCAUAGUCGGUUUCAUGGCACACAAGCUGGGUGUGAACGUGUCUGAAGUCGCUGCUCAAGGACCCGGAUUAGCAUUUGUGGCUUACCCUGAAGCGGUUACUCACUUGCCCCUGCCACCUCUCUGGGCGUUCCUAUUUUUCUUCAUGCUGAUGACCCUGGGAAUGGGAACUCAGUUUACGAUUAUCGAGACGGUCGUUACAACCAUCGUGGACACCUGGCCAGAGAAGCUUCAGCACAGAAAGCCUCUCGUAUUGCUUGGAGUCUGCACGACACUCUUCUUCGCGGGACUCGUCAUCUGCACAAACGGUGGCAUGUACGUGCUGCAAUUGAUGGACAACUACUGUGCCAGCUUCUCUGCCUUGAUGAUUGGCUUGACAGAAAUCAUCGUGAUUGCCUGGGUCUACGGUGUCGAUCGCUUCAUGGAAGACAUCAAAGUCAUGCUGGGUCAUUAUCCGUUCCCCGUGCACUACUGGAGGCUGGUUUGGAAGUACCUGGUGCCCACGCUUAUCUCGGCCAUCUUGGUGUUCUCCUGGAUCGACAUGCCCUCGACAAAGUACGGCGACUACGAAUUCCCCACCUGGGCCACCGGCGUGGGAUUCCUGUUCUCCUUUACCUCGAUCAGCGCCAUCCCGAUCGUGGCCGCCAUGAAGAUCUACAACGCCAGGGGAACGUUAAAAGAGCGCAUCAAGAUGCUUUCCCAACCUACGGCCGAGUGGGGACCCAAGCUGCAGAUGCACCGCAUGGAGACGCACAGCCCCAAGCACACUGACUCUCAGGUGCCUCUGGCGCUACCCAGCUACAACCAGGACGGCGACGACGACGACGUCUUCCCCGUUUACUACAAGCCCGACAACGGUGACUCGGAGUCGGAAGCCGGCGGCAUCAGCCUCAACAUCCGGAAGAGCUCCUACGAGACGGGCCGAUGAGGGCCGCCGUCUCGGGCUGCAAUGCAUGCAGAGAGCGCCAGCUACGGGACUGCUCCUGUCGCGACGUGGCCCCGACGUCGGCGCCGCCGGCACGACGUGUCUUCCUCCGCAAGUGCCACAGCAGCACCGUCUUCCACGGAGAUAUUCGGGGCCGGCCCCUCGGCUACCCAGACAGCCGGAGGUCGUUCACACCCUGUAGCUGUACCUGUAGCCAGUAUCUCAGUUCUGUUUUGGCUGCGAGGCUUAUAAUGCACGCCAGGCGGAGGUAAACUGAGCCGCCUGCCAAACGCCCGUUGUUGAUGAGAGGCAUUUGGGAUUAUUGUGGCGUCGACGCUACCACGUCCUUCCCUUCGGUCUUAUGUGAGGUCUCACCUCUCAAUUCCGACAUGCAGUCUCGGACGCCGUUGACCGUUGUCAUGGGAUCGAUCUCUGUCGUAUCUUAUGUGAUCGAUUGAGGUUCACGAGAACAGGUUGACCUCACCUCUGUUGGAUAAGCCGAUGUCGAGAACGACGUCAUCGACUGAAAGCAUGAUGUUGCACCACAUUGGCAGCUCACGUUUUUGUCUUGUGGAGCGUACUUUGUCGAAGAAGCUGCAAGCUAAAUGGCGUUUGUCGGGCGACCGGCUUACAGCUCCUGGAUAAGAAACGUUACUAGAGAGUCACAUUGUCAUCGAUGUGUGACGAAACGGCUCAAUUUCACUUGGCCUACAGACUAAUCGUGACCUUGCAGUUGACACCAGCUCACUGAGAGUGUCUCAGCAUCGAUAAGUGCUAAAAAGAACGCAAGCAAACGCUACCCUCAGCUUUGUUUCCUGUGCAAAACUGCUUUGCAGCUACGUUGCAGUGAGCAUUAGUUGAGAAGCCGGCUGAGAUCCGCCGGUGUGAUAGACAAGCCAAACAUGAGUCCCAAAGGAUUUAGUACUGAUUGUGUCAGCUUGUUAACUAGUAUUGUGUACCUUGUAGCAAGGUAAUGUGUGGCCCCGGGAAGGUGUUCGAAAACGAACACAUUUUUUUUUUUUGCUUCCCGAGUUUGACUUUACGCAAACUGCUUACGUCAGUAUAAGCGUGUGAGUGUGUCUAUAGUACGACACUCAGACACUAGACGUAACAAGUUAUGUUAUGUAAAACAAAAAAAGAAAAAAAAACAUCUCUGGCAUGGCCACACGACACGCGCAUAAGCUGAGUAUAUAGUUUAAAUGUUGGUAUAUUGCCGGUCUUUACCUGAUCUGAGAUGUUUACCUUGUUUCAGCCUGAUAUCUGAUGCUGACAGCUACUUUUUAGGAAAACUGUAAAAACAAAACCCAUGAAAGUCAAAAAUCGAAGAAGAUUAACUAUGUAUAUUUAGUAGUAAAUGUAUUUGACUAAUCUUUAAUAACAAUUUCUACAAAAAUUCAAACAUUUGACUGUUCUUUUUAUAAAAAAAAAGCUAUUUUUUUGCCGAUAGGCAACUUAAUAUGCCUCAGUGUUAGGCUGAAACGAAGUACACUCCUGCGAAGAUGGUGCUCUGGGCAUCUGUGUGUGUCCAUGUAUUAUAUGACUUGUUUAGUGUAAGCGAAUCCGUUGUACCAGAUACGGGAUUUCAUCGAUCAUGCAAAAUUCAGCUGUUGUACAUUGCGCUUAUUGUAUUGUAUGCAGGUUUAAUGCAAUUGAAAAGAAAUUCACUUUCACACACAAACACUCACACACACACACACACACACACACACAUAGAGGAGACCUCUUUAUACAUAAUGUCCACAUAUCACCUUUAUCUCCGUACUGUUUGUUUAGACGUACAGUCAACUUCUCGAUGACCGCCACAUGUCAUGAGUGUAAAAAAAAAACAAAUUCACGCACUUCAGAAACGCAACUAUAGCACUUUAAUAGACGUGGAAUGUGCAACACCAUCUUUCAUGCACGAUAUUGCGAUUUGUUAAAUAUGCUUAUUUCAUGACACGAUGACAUAGUGGGAAAAAAGUAAGAGUUGCAAUAAGCCUAUCAUUUGAAAUGAGAAUUCAAUUCGUAAAAUUAACUUUCCCUCCUAAACCUUGACCACGUGAAAGCGUGGUUCAGUAUUUUGGUCUGUUUACGGUAUUAAAAGGUACAGGCUGCUUUUUCCUGGGCUUUGUACUUCACGCAGUUAGCGGGAACUGUUUGCAGAUUAAUUGGUGAACAAUAGAUGAUCAGAUUCCCGAUAAUUGUAUUUCAGCGUGUCUGUCAAAAUGCAUAUUUAAUCGACGCGGUGAUCGCUGGAGCUGUUUGUUCGAGAAUACUGAGACAAAAUUGGGUCGCCUUGGAUCGGUUCGCUCUGUUCAUGAAACAUUUUUCGAGUUACGACGUGCAGUUAAGGCUUUAUACUUGUAAACCACGAAUUGGGGGCUGCCCUUUCCAGUAGUCUUGUGGAGAGUGCAAACGUGUUUUGUCCCUUUCAAAGUUUGUGGCGUUGAAACGAGGGUGGAAUGUGAAACGCGUGAGCCCAUUUUCGAACGCAGUAUUUGAGCAUUUCUAGUGUGUACACUCGAACAUGAAAGGUGACAAACUCUAGCUGUGAUGUUGCUUGCUCACGUCCUUGAAGGAAGACGGGAAUUGUAAAUUCAUGAGGGUAGUGCGCAGAAGAAGAAGAAGAAGAAGAAGAAGAAAGAAACGCGUGUCUUCGUGUCUUCCUCUACCUGGCUUGAACAGUAUCCAGAGAGCAGUGAUCAACUUUGUACAUAGUCAUACGUGUAGAUUUGUGUCAUGAAAACUGCAUGGUCUGUACUUACACGCACCACGCCGUGAUGUUUGCUUCUUUUCGUUGUCACUUCGCCUGCCCCCAUUAUUUUGACCAUGUUGAUGUUGUUGCUGUACACGCGCCAUCUUUUUUGUUGUCGGGAUGUUGUUGAGAUGAACGAAUAUGUUGUUCGCUGUCUGUCAAGGCACGAGUUAGGGUAGGAAGGCUUAUCAAUUAUCAAUUACAGAUUACAGUUGAAACAGAAAAUGAACUGUUAUGACCUUCACAAUAGCCAAUUAGACAUCUUAAAGAAACAGUCCAUCCUAGCGAAACAGUACAUUGGGCAGACUUUUGCUUACCACUUAUCGGCGAUUUGUCGUUUCGUAAAUGGGUAUCAGCAGAAAUUUCAACAUUUUUUUUUAUGAACGCAGAAUGAUGUCGAGAACUUUGCGGAGUAUAACUAUUUUGGUUAAUUACUGUUUUAGUUUGACAAAAUUGCCAGCUAUUGUCUAUCUAUCGGUCGCCUGUAAUGCGACGUUCAGCAUGUUUGUUCAUUCAAUUCGAGCACUAUAUAUAGGGUGAUACCCUUAAAAGUAUACUCCGUUGCCCCAUGAAUAACACCUUGCAAACUUUCUAUUAUAAACAACAGCAAGAUCUAACUACAAUUCUAAUGAAAAAAAGGUGUCGUAAGAAACUUUGUAAUUGAUUCUUCUGUUCACCUGGUGUGCGCAAAAACACGACUCGAGAUUUCGGCAGCGAUAUGUACGAAAAUUUUACUUACUGCACUUUUCAUACCGUCUAUCGCAUGUAUAAUCGUCAAGUACGAUGAAAAGCCGGUGAACAAGAAGAUUGCGCUACCUGCGACUUCGAGCCUACUCCUUAAAUGCCAGGGUGUUAGUCACGAGACAGCUGAGCACCAUUUUUUACAGCUAUAAAGGUGUUCUUAGUGUGUAUACUCGACUCUUGAAGGUGCACUACGAGUGUAACUGCUCGAAGCUUACAAGAAGCCCCCUCUGUGAAGUUGUACAUACGUGUAUUUACACCGACGAUUUUAGAGACAUGAACCAUUCUCUGUCCUUUUUUUUUUCCUUGGAUAAGUAAAAGAGGGGGGGGGGGUGUCACGAACAUCUCUCGCGGCUGCAGACUGGGAAAACACACGACACGCGAGAAUCGGUUCAAGCAUCGACACCGACUCUUGCUGACUUGUGCCAACUGGGACGCGACGAUAGUGCGUCACGAGUUUUUCUUUGUUUUCGCGUGUUGUUAAGCGUGGUUGCUAGUCAUUUUAUUGCCCGCGCGACGGGGGCGCUCCCGGAGCAUAGCAAGAUCUGUCGUGCUCACGGUGUAGGGAUUGCAAUUAAGUACACUUUCGAUUCACGAGUCCCAAAUGAACCCGCCCACUUUAUUGCACGUUCCGCUGUCGACGGUUAUCAGAAGCAACAAAAAAAAAACAAAUGAGGCACUACUCUCAGUUCGGUUUCAUUACAUGAAAUGCGCAACCUGAUGAUCGAGCAAAAGCUGGUUUAUAGAUAACGAGCGCUGCGCCGAUAACUUGUGCUUCGGCUCGUAUAUCGUAAACUGAUGUACUCAAACGUGUAAACCCUUCCUGUAAGUUGGAAUUCCAUCAUCGUUGCGUUGAUUGCUUGGCAUUCUACUUGGUAGUAUACAGACAGAUCACCGUUCGCCUGGCGCGGCCAAGGUUUACAGUCACGUAAAACUGUGCUAUCGCUGGUGAUAACAUCUGACGUCAUUUUCCUAUCCCGUCACCAUUUAUUGAUUCCUAUCGUCGUGGAACUGAUCCGUUUUCUAUUGCAGUGCAUUCUUUUGUAAAACAUUAUCUACUGUUCAAGUUAAAAUUAUCACGACGCGCCGUGAAAAUGGUGAGAGAACGAACACGGGGUUUCAUGUACAGGACCACAGAAUCAGCUGUAGGCAGCUUUGAUCUAGCCGUGUUCUAGCUUUUGCAAUUUGGGUGAAGAUCACAACAUGUUAUCAUUCACACGAGCUCUGUUCUUGAGAAAUUUUUUUGUUUUGUUUUUUUUAUGGCCUUAGGGUUUGUAACUAGUGCUCUACUGUAUACGGGUCGUGAUACCGCCAAAAAGUUAGCCAGUGAAAUAAAGUACACUACUCGAUAUUGGGCAAUGUAUUUCAAUUGUACAAGAUAACGCUUCGUGUAGAAUAAUUCGAAGGUGGUUUCGCUACGGCGAUGACAAUAAGUUUGAGAAUUUCAUUGUUGCGAGUUUGUUUCCGAAAGAUACUUCUCGCAAUACCUUGUUUUGCACGCAAUAACUCGAGCUCACGGCGUUCUCAACUGAAGACCGUGUGAGACUGCAAGAUUUUUUAAAUUUUUUUAUUUCGCAUCCAUCUGCUUUGUAUACCACUUUGCAACCAGCAAUUGGUACUCGCAUUGUAUACAACACCAGUGUCUAUGCGCCGAAUGACUGUCUGCUCAACGAAGUGUUUUCGAACUGUCUCUUCUGUUUUGUAUAUAUACGUAACAUAGAAUGACUCAUCACAUUGUUCGAGGUCCUGAAAACGUGUUUUAAUAUUUUUUUUUGUUUGCAUGGCUUUCAUAUCAUCACUCAUGGCAUUGAACUUGUUGCAUGAAUGAUUACAUAAUAAAGAUAUGGUGAGAA